AUGAGCUCAGUGUCGCCAACGACAUCGCCAGAAGACGGAGAAUAUGAGAAAAGGACCGAGCAAUACGAGAACAUCAAAGUGAGCCCGUGUCUUUCCAUUCUUCCCACUCUUUGUUUUCAGCACAUUCCGUUCUUCUUCCUGUUCCUGUGCACAUUGUGCAUGUGCACCAUAUACGCGAAUCCGACCGUAUACCAGUCGACCGUCAACUUCCUGCACGAAUUCAGAAACUCUUCCGAAUCCGACUGUGGGUCUCCUCUUUUAUACUCCGCUAUCUUAUCGGUUGCGAAAUGCGCUGAUUUCUGAUCGUAUCUGUGAGAAAAACUGCGAAUGGGCGCGGCGGCAGCAGGAUGAGAAAAGGGAAGAAGAAGGAAGAGACUGCGUUCGUGUUGACUGUAGGCAAGACUACAGGGACUAGAGACUUGCAAAAUGACACUACGGAUUUAUUGGAAAAAGUUCAAAACAAGUUGACGGCUAUUUCAGUUUAUGAAGAGAUCGACAACCAAUAUGAUCCCGGGAAACAGACGUCUCGUGACGUCAUCGUCAAGUAUGUCUACUACCUUUCGAAUCCCCAGAAGGAGUCGCUGAUUACUGUAACGUCUGUGGGCACGGUCAUUGCGGCAACUCCAAUCACCUAUGCGUACAAUAACAUGGGAUUCAGGUUGAGGACCUGAACGGAUGUCGAGAUUUCGUAGGAUUUCAGAAGAAGCUUCGUGAUGUGUGCGUUCCUGAGCGUAGUUCCGGCCCUGUUCUUCCCCUCGUGCGUGAACGCAAAGACCUAUCUGCUGGCCAUCAUCCUGAGAAUCUUCCAAGGUAUUCCAACAGCUGCCGACGUCUUCCAGACUCUCUUCAAGGUUUCUCCCUGGCCGCGUUCAUCCCGUACGUCUGCAAGCUCUCAGUCUUCAUUCCGUUCGACCACAUCGCCGUUCCGAUCAUCGUCUUCGCCUACGCGCACAUCUCCGAAAUCUUCGUUCAUCCGAUUGUCUCCCACAUGGCCGCUUCUUCGAUUGGAUGGCAUUCUGCUCAUUACGGAGCAGUUAUCACCAUCGCUCUCGUCUUUUUCAUAUUCGUUCUCAUUCAUUUCGACGAGGACUUCAAAGAGAGGGCAGUUACUAUCGGAUUCUGCAAUGUAAGUUCUUGGGAGAAUGGUUUUCAACUCCAAAUGCUCCCUUUAGGCCAUGUUCGAAUACGAACGCACUCGUUCCCGUACUUUCGACCUUCGAAUUCCCUAUCUAUCUAUCUACCAAGACUUCCGCAUCUGGGUCAUCUUCUUCACGUCCUUCGCGUACGGCUGUGCUCUCCAACUCUUUUAUCAGUUCGGACCCACUUUCUUCCACAAAGUCGUCGGCCAUUCCGAGAUCUCUUCCGCCUAUUUCACAAUCAUUGCUCCGAUUCUGAACCUGGUCACUUCGGUGUCUUCCAUUUAUUUAUACAAAAAAUUGGCGUAAGUUCUCUUAGUUCCAGUGUAUUCCAAAGUAUUAUGUUUCAGAAAUGCGGAGAAGAACAAGAUGCGUUUCUUCAAUACAAUCGCAUUCGGAAUGUGCGGAAUAUUCCUAUUUGCGCUCGGCUUCUUCGAUCCCGUCAAUCACAAAUACCUUGUCACGGUACUUGCUUCGAUCGUUCCCCAUCUGAAGUAUUCUCUUCUUAGGGCAUGUACAUACUAGCUUCCUCUCUUCUCGGAUGUGCAUACGCCGGUCAUCUGCGAAUGAAUCAACUGAGAUCCGGCCAUCUCCAUCUUUUCCUUCUCGUCAACAUCUUCAUUGUCAACUCGACUGCCAUGUUCUUCUCAUCCUUGCUCAAUGUUCUGAUUGCUGAGAACACGGAUUACGGUAACACUCCGCUCCCUUCCCUCAUUUCUCCCAAAUUACACUUCAGCUUCCUGGUCCACACUCUUCAUCGUCCACGCCGUUUUCCUCAUCAUUGCCAAUAUCAUCUUCUUCUUUUUCUGCUCCUCGGAAAGAGCGCCGUGGGCCAGAGAGGGUUACGAGGACUCUUCGAUCCAGCCGUAUCGCGAUGAGCCUCUGCCCCAGUUCCCGCUGUAA